AUGACACGUACUAGUGAUAGUAAUAGUGAUGUUGAAAUGCAAGAUUGCAGUCCGGAAAUGACGCAGCUAGCCUCUCUCAGCAUUGAAUUAGAUGUUGGAAAUAGCGAGAGAAACUAUGAGGGGAACAAAGACGAUUCUUUAGAACCAGGUAGAAGUCAUGGGGAGAGUUUGGAUGAGGAUUCAAAUGAGAAUGCAGCCGAGAAUCCAGACGAUAAUCCAGAUGAGAAUCCGUUCAAGAACUCG